AUGGCGAUCGCACGACCGAUUCGCAUGCUGGGUGCGGCUUGCAUCUUACUGACUCUCUUCUUGGUCUUCCAAUUAAAUAAGGACCCCCAAAAUCCCACUUCCAAACUCACUCAUGGCAUGACCAGAGACCCUCUUCUAGAUCCUACCGGUGAACCCGCUGGGAAUUUAUGGAGAGCAGAGGAUCAUGAUUACGCCGCCAACAGUGAAAAGUCCAGCCGCACCAAUGCCGCCCUCAUUACCCUUGUCCGCAACGAGGAGCUGAACGAUAUGCUCAGCACCAUGCGGGACCUCGAGCGCACCUGGAACAACAAGUUCAACUACCCCUAUAUCUUCUUCAACGACAAGCCCUUCACCGACGAGUUCAAGCAGAAGACACAGUCAAUGACCAAUGCCAAAUGCCAAUACGAGCUGGUGCCCAAGGAACACUGGGAUGUCCCCAAGUGGAUUGACGACGAGCUCUUCAAGGAAUCUGCUCAGAUUCUCCUGGAGGAGAACAUCCAAUACGCCGACAAGAUCUCCUACCACCAGAUGUGUCGCUGGAACAGCGGCAUGUUUUAUAAGCACCCCGCUUUGGAGGGCUACCGUUACUACUGGCGCAUUGAACCCAAGGUCCAGUUCUUCUGCAAUGUUGACUAUGACGUAUUCCGCUAUAUGGAGGAUAACAACAAGACCUACGGUUUCACCAUCAACCUGUACGAUGCGCCCCAAACCAUCAAGACCCUCUGGCCCGAAACCAAGAAGUUCCUUGCCGCGAACCCGAGCUACUUGAAUGAAAACAACAUGAUGGACUGGAUCACGGACGACGUGGUCCGCCCCGAACACAAUAAGAUUGCCAACGGCUACUCGACUUGCCACUUCUGGUCCAACUUCGAAAUUGGCGAUCUGGACUUCUUCCGUGGCGAGAAGUACGAUAAUUAUUUCCAGUUCCUGGAUCGUGCGGGUGGCUUCUUCUACGAGCGCUGGGGCGAUGCGCCCGUCCACUCGCUCGGUGUCGGUUUGUUUGCUAACGCCGCUAAUGUCCACUGGUUCCGCGAUAUUGGUUACAACCACAUUCCCUACUACAAUUGCCCCAACUCGCCUAAGUGCUCCGGCUGUACCCCGGGCAAGUCCUACGCUGGCGCGGACUGGCUGCAGAAGGAGGACUGCCGACCGACUUACUUCAAGUACGUCGGAACGCACUGA